UUGAGUUCUAAAAUUUCUUUUUUGUUUUUCAAAAACUUAGCAGAGAAAAUCAAAAACAAAAAUGGCUACCGUUAUGGUUCGUGAUCCAGUUCCUACUCCCCUUGAAGAUGCAGAGGCGAUCAGGAAGUCUCUUCAAGGAUGGGGCACAGAUGAAAAAGGCCUGAUUGAAGUUCUAGCACACAGAAACGCGGAACAAAGACAAGCAAUAAGAUUAGCUUAUGAAGAACAUUAUCAAGAGGAUCUCAUCAAAAGGCUCGAAUCCGAACUUUUCGGAGAUUUUGAGAAAGCUAUGUACCGAUGGAUAUUGGAACCAGUGGAACGUGAUGCGACUUUAGCUAAUGCCGCACUGAACAAUAAUGCACUACCUGAUUACCCUGUUCUCAUCGAAAUGGCAUGUGUGAAAUCUCCAGACGAGUUUUUGGUUGUGAAACGUGCUUAUCAGUGGCGUUACAAGCGUUCUCUAGAAGAAGACAUCGCGUCGCACACAACGGGCGAUUUCCGUAAGCUCUUGUUUGCAUUAGCAAGUGCAUAUAAGUAUGAUGGUUUGGAAAUAAAUGCGCCUUUAGCAAAGUCGGAGUCCGAUAUUCUUUGGAAAUUGAUAGAGAAAAAAUCCUAUAAUGAUGACGAGUUGAUCAGGAUAUUAACUACAAGGAGCAAUGCGCAGCUCAAUGCCACUUUCAAUAUGUUUAAGGAUGAACACAAUAUUUCUAUUACUAAGAGUUUAUUGGAAGAUCCAGCGAAUGAAUUUUUAGUCGCUUUGCGUAUUGUUAUCCGCUGCAUAAGUAACCCUACUAAGUACUUCGUGAAGGUGCUGCGAAAGGCAAUUCAUCAUCCUGGUACAGAUGAAGACAGCCUUACCCGUGUUAUAGUAACACAUGCAGAUAAGGAUUUGAAGGUGAUCAAGGAAAAGUAUUACGAGAGAGACAGUGUAACUCUUGAAGAUGCAAUCGCCAAGGAGACUUCAGGUCACUACAAGGCCUUCCUCCUAGCUCUACUUGGUAACUGAUGAUCUCCCAGCCCAGGAUCCUCGAAAAUCAUUUCAGCUUCGAGCAAAUGCUUAUCUAGCUAGCUAGUUCCCAUCGAUUUAAUCUGCUUCAUUUUGGUUUUAGUUGUUUCAUUUUAUGAUACCGGCCGAUGUUGCUAGGUAAUAAAAGGUUUGCUUUCAAAGAUUGUGUCCUGAUAAUGAUGUUGA